AUGAUGGAUAGAAUUAGAGAUGAAGAGAAACCACUUCAUAUAGUAAUGUUUCCAUGGCUAGCCUUUGGUCACAUGAUUCCAUAUCUCGAAUUAGGCAAACUUAUAGCACAAAAGGGUCACCGGGUAAGCUAUGUUUCUACCCCAAGAAACAUACAGCGCCUCCCUAAACUCCCACCACACUUAGCUCCUCUCAUCAAAUUUGUAAGCCUUCCCAUGCCCAAAGUUAAUAACCUUCCUGAAAAUGCAGAAGCCACCAUAGAUGUCUCUUAUGAUGUCGUUCAACACCUUAAAAAUGCACAUGACAAACUUGAACAACCUUUGACUCAUUUCCUUAAAUCUUCUAACGCUGAUUCCAUUUUCCAUGAUUUUACUCAUUAUUGGUUGGGUCCUGUGGCAUCCAAACUGGGUAUAAAAUCUGUAUUUUUUUCUAUUUUUACUCCACCGCUUAUAGGUUUUAUGGGACCAGCCUCGGUUCUCAAGGGUACUGAUCCUGGUCGAACAAAGCCAGAGGAUUUCACGGUUGCUCCACCGUGGGUUCUGUUUCAGACCACUGUGGCUUUCCGUUAUUUUGAAAUUAUGAAGAUUGCAGAUAUUUUAUCCGAGAACGAUUCGGGGUUUUCUGACCUGUAUCGUACUGGUUGUUGUAUUGAAAACUGCGACACUAUUUUGAUUCGCGGUUGCACCGAGUUUGAACCUGAGUGGUUUCAAGUGAUCCAAAACAUUCAUCAGAAACCAGUUCUCCCCGCCGGCCAACUCCCCACAACGGUGUUCAAGUGCAGUGAUGAAAGUGACACAUGGUGGUGGAUGAAGGAGUGGUUGGACAAGCAACAAAGUGGCACAGUGGUAUAUGUUGCUUUCGGUAGCGAAGCAAAACCAAGUCAAGAAGAAGUUACUGAGAUAGCUUUGGGGUUGGAGAAAUCAAAGCUUCCAUUCUUUUGGGUUCUUAGAGUUCAACGUGGAUCUAUGGACAAGGAUGUGUUGGAAUUGCCAGAAGGGUUUGAGGAGCGAACCAAAGGGUUUGGAGUGGUAUGCACUAGUUGGGCUCCACAAAUGAAGAUAAUGGGUCACGAGUCAGUUGGUGGAUUCUUGACUCAUGCAGGUUGGUCAUCUGUUGUGGAAGCAAUUCAGAACGAGAAGCCACUUGUGUUGUUGACAUUUCUUGCAGAUCAGGGAAUAAAUGCCAGGGUGUUGGAGGAAAAGAAGAUGGGCUACUCAGUGCCGAGGGAUGAGCAAGAUGGGUCGUUCACAAGUGAGUCUGUGGCUAACUCGAUUAGGUUGGUUAUGGUUGAAGAAGAGGGAAAGAUCUAUAGAGAAAAUAUUAAAGAGAUGAAGGACUUGUUUGUCAAUACUGAAAGACAAGAUAGAUAUGUUGAUAACUUGUUGAACCAUCUUAGAUGUCUUUUGAAACAUUGA